AACAUUCUCUUUCCUUAUACCUCGUAACUAACUCUCUCUCUCUCUCUCUCUAUGUUUUCUAGGCCUUACGUUUACUUCAAAAAAAAAGUCUUUCCCAUUUCUCUCAGAAAUUAAACAUGAAGAAUGAGAAUGACCAGGUGGUUGUUUCAGAUCAAUCUCUCAAACCCAGAAGACCAAAAUCCCGGGAAGUGAGCUCGAGGUUUCUAUCUCCAACUUCAAACAACACUACUACUACUACUUCCUUUGAAGCUGGAAUCCCAUCUCCAAAUCAAUCCCUCUCACCAAACCGCCACAAAACCAAAAAGCACCACCGGAGCCAUGAGGACUCUGGAUUCAUUAGAGGUCUUUGGCCUUCAUCAACUACAGCCACUGCUAUUGCUGCUACUACUACAACUGCAACAACUUCUUCUUCUUCUUCCUCUAAGUUGAACAAGAAUUUGAAUCCCGGUACUCUAGGAGAUCAUCUUGGAAAUGAGAGGCUGAAAGAUCGAAAAAGUGAUGAAAAACCCGCCAAGGGUGACACCAUUUUUCUUGAUAGACGAGGAAGAUGCUCAGAGUUUAAUAGGUUUGAGAAUGAGAAGGAGAGCGCCAAAGAAAAUCAUGGACCAAGUAUUGGAAAGUCAAUGAGAAAUACAGCAAAAUUUAGUUCUUAUUCUAAAGCUUCGGGUAUUGUACCUGGAAGAUUGUCCAUUGAUGAAAAUGACAUAUACCGGAGAUCGAUGGGACAAAUAUCGGAUUCCUUUACUAAUGCUUACGAGUUUGACUCUGAUUGCUUUACUGAUUUUGAUUCUACAGCUAUUGCGGAAGGCACAAAUUCAAUAAGCUCGAGGAAAUCAAGCCUAGAGGGUUCUUCAAAGUACAUGAAGGAUUUAGCAACAAGGACUCGGAGAGGGAAUUCAGAUUCAAGUAUGCCAAGCCAAACAUCAUGGGAUGGUUCUCCUGCGUUGUCAUCAAGGAAGUUUACGAUAAAAAAUGCGAUCAAGAGGGUGAAUUCGCUAACGAGUGCUAAGUCACAGUGGGCAUUGUCACCAGGACGGACAGGGUCACCGCCAAUGUCAGUGGAAAACAAAGGAAAAUUACCAAUGUCUUUCUCAAUUUUGAAGCCUCCAAAUAGUCCCAAUUCAAGGGGGACGGGUGUUGAGAAAUUGUUUAACUUGGGAUUGGACUUGUUCAAGACUAAGAAAUCUUUGUCUAAUUCGACGCCUGUGGUGGUCCUGGGCAAUUCAGAGACCGUUCAUCAACUACGGAUGCUUCAUAAUCGGUGGAUGCAGUGGCGGUAUGCCAAUGCUAGAGCUGAGGCUGUCAAUUGGAGCAUAGCUAAUCAGGCAGAGAGAAAUUUGUUAUAUGCUUGGUACGGUCUUACAAAGUUGCGGCAUUCUGUGGUACAAAAGAAAUUACAAUUUCAGAAGGAAAAGCUUGACAUGAAACUGAACUUUGUACUUUAUUCCCAAAUUAAGCUAUUAGAAGCUUGGGGGGAUAUGGAAAGGCAGCAACUAUCAGCAGUUUCCAGGACCAAGGAAUGUCUGCAUUCUGUUGUCUGCAGAGUACCCCUAAUUGAUGGUGCAAAGGUGGACACACAAUUAGCUAGCUUCACUUUUGGAAAUGCAUUAGAUUUCACAGCUUCUAUCAAAUCAAUGUUAACUUGUCUUGCACCCUCGGCUGAGAAGACUGUUGUAUUGCUAUCAAAAUUAGCAAAGGUCGUGGCUCAAGAGAAGUUAGUUUUAGAGCAUUGUCUUGAGCUUCUUAGAACCAUAUCUACCCUUGAGUUUGAAGAGAGAAGGCUAAGGUGUAGUAUUAUACAGUUGAAAUUAUGGCAACAACAGCAGCAAAAGCAACAACAAGAGAUCCCUUUUGUAUAUGGUCAAAAUAUAGCAUUUGAGGACAAAAUUACAGGAUAUCCACACAUACAUUCUGAGUAUAUGAUAGAUAAUGAGAUAGGUAUGGUUGACAAGGACUUGUUGAUAUAAUGUAGAUGCGAUUAUUAAUUUCUAUAAAUUUCAAAAAA